AUGGCCAAAAAGGAUAAAAAGAAAAGAAAUGAAAGGCAGGAACCACCAGAGUCGGAUGUGCUGGAAGAGACGCUGGUGGCUACAACCGACCUUGAACAACCGCCUGAAGAGGUCCAGUACACGGAUACGUCCUACACCAGCGCCUCUUUUGAAUCCCUUCCUCCUGUUGAAGAAAUAAAGCCAAAGAAGAGGAAAGGAAAGAGGAAGCCAGAGGUUGUAGAAGUAACGAAAAAAACCACAUCGCUAUUCUUCGACUGGUCCGAAGAUACAGUAAUAGAGGAACAAAAUGUAGUGCAAGAGGAAACAAAAGUAAAGAAAAGGAAAAAGGGCAAAAAAGGGAAAAAAGAGAAGAAGAAAGAGGACAUACCAGAAUUCGAAAAGCCUAAGAAUUGGAAGAAGAUGAACAGAAAGGAAAGAGAGGCCUGGCUUCUUCAGCGAAUAGAAGAGUGGAGAUUGGAGAAAGAAGCUGAAAAACAAGCAAUCCUCGCUGGCGCUAAGGAGAAGCGGAUAGCUGAAGCGAAGGCAAGGGCAGACCUGAUGGCUAAAGACGAAGAUGAGCAAGAGAUCAGGAAAGACUUAUUAGCGAAAACUGUAGCGCUGUUUCACAGAUUUGAAAAAGAGAAAUUUAAUUAUCAAAAGAAAAAACAGCUUAAGGCCGAAUGGCAACAGUACCUCCGUUGUGACGGCCUACCAGAUCCUCGAAUCGUCACGCAGAUGAACACUUACUUGCAUAUUUGGAGAGAGAAGAACGUGUGCGACGAUGAGGAGCUGCAGAAACGUUGCGUGGAGGUUCUACCGAUGCUAGAACUGCUUGAUGACAUACUGUCUGACUCCAGACAGUACACCGAGCUGCAGGUGCAGAGCUUUAAUGAGGUCCGUGUAGCCCUUCGCCAGGAACUUUCUAAUGCUAUUCACUUCGCCUCUUACACCCUCCUCCGGGAUCUUGAACAUCGAUUUAAAUGGGAAUCUAUCAAGGUGGCCAAUUACCAGCGUGAAUUUAAAGGUAUCCGUCUGAACCUUUGGGUGGCAGUCAGAUUGCCUACUAGAAAACCCAAACCAGUGGAACCAGAAAGGGAGCCAGUUGAACUUUCAUUUCCCACCAUGAAGGUGAGUAUCAAGCUGCCAAAGAUUAUCGAUGGUUCCUGCGUUUGCGUCAGAGCAGCCCGCUCCAUGAUCGAUCUAUUGAGCGAGAGUUCACGGACUUUUGCCCUUGCCGCUGAUAUGCCUAAUAAGUAUGAAGAUUUAUAUACAUUUAAUAUCAAAGAACAUGAAGCAGUGCACAAAUUGAAGAAAGAGCAGGACGACAUACGUGAUAAAUUCUACAAAGAAGUUAAGGAAAAAAUAACAGAAUUGGAGAAGUUUUUAAAGUCCAACCCAUAUACAAAAAACGAUAAGGAAAAAGAGGAAUUAGACAAUUUGAAUAUGGCGGAACCGGAAUAUCUGCCUGAUCCAAGAACGUUUAUUGGGGAACAAAACGAACAAGCCUACACAAAGUAUCUAAAGAUGUGCUUGAUCAAGACGAAGACUGGGGAAGUCAACCUGCGUAGGUACAGGAUCUGUGGCGGAAUCCUCAAUCUCGAUCUACUGACUACUCCACCUCAACCUAAACGCAUGAGAGGUGGCAUCACUUUGACGACGUGUGAGUGUGACAUUUUUAUUUGUUAUUAA